CAAAGGCCUUUCCUUUUCUUACCUUUUCUCGUCCUUCUUUCCGAACCCAGCUGGCUGAUCUUGAAUCCCUUCCUAACACACCUCUAAACUUAGAGGAGAUCCUCUAAAUCUAGUGGGGUUUUCUUUCUCUCACCACACAUAGUACCUAGGCAUUUGUUCAAGAGCUUCUAACUUUGGAGGAAGAGGAGGAGGAGAUAAAGGAAGAAGAGAAAUAGGAGGUUUUUAGAAGGGAAGAGAUGACUCCAGCUAAUUUGGCAGGGCAGUUUGGAGACACCACAUACACAAAGGUGUUUGUUGGGGGUCUAGCUUGGGAGACUCAAAGAGAAACCAUGAGGAAAUACUUUGAGCAGUUUGGUGAGAUUUUGGAGGCUGUUGUGAUCACUGACAAGAACACUGGAAAAUCCAAAGGCUAUGGUUUUGUAACUUUUCGCGAUCCGGAGGCCGCCACGAAAGCUUGUGUGGAUGCAUCUCCUGUUAUUGAUGGAAGGAGGACUAAUUGCAACCUUGCCUCUCUAGGUGUUCAGAGAUCCAGACCUUCAACACCCAAACAUGGAGGGGCCAGGAACUUGAGGGUGAUGAAUUCCUAUAAUACAGGGCAUCAAGGUGGAGUGGGAUCAGCUUUUCCUUCAGCUGCCACCUUCCCUCAUUAUGCCAUCCAACCAGGCAUUCCUUAUAAUGUAUAUGGGUACUCUCAAUAUUCUCCGGAUUACACAUAUCCUACGAGUUAUUACAAUGUGUACGGAGGAGGGGGAGGGUCCCACACCCAGUAUCCAAUGUACGGAGGGGCAGCUGGUGUGGUAACAGGCAACACUGCAUUCUACCCAUAUUUCCAGGUGGGCCAUGGUAAUGGGCCAGGACAUUACAGUAACGGGUACGGCCUACAAUACCAGCAUGUCUUUCCAUACUCAGCCGUGAAUUCAACGGCAUUCCCACAACACUAUGGUGGGCCUGUGUCUCUACCACCAACCCCUCCUUCACAAGCAGUGUGUUUUACUAUAAAACAGGUAUGAACAUGUCUUCGAUCCAUCACAGGCACAUUCCAAAUCUCUUCACUCCAGCUGCACCAGAACAACCCUCGGCCUAACCAUGGUGGUCUCUCUCUCUCUCUCUCUCUCUCUCUCUCUCUCUCUCUCUCUCUUUCAUGCACACACACACACGAGUAGACCCAAGGGUCUUCCCUCCAACUUUAGCUCCUAGGGGCUAAACCCAACCUCUAAAUUUGGAGGAGAGUCCUCCAAAUUCCAUUAGUGCAUGCAUUAGCAAAAUGGGUAGUUCUCUUGCAUUUUAGCUCAAGCCGGGCUAUACAGCAUCAACCCUCAUGUUUGUGGGGUUUCUUCAAAAGAAAAAAGAAAACGAAAACCUACACCUGUGACCAACUUAGCCAUAUCACAUGACCUAAGUUCCAAAGAAACCUAACUUUAGCCUUGGAAGGGCUAAAUCAAAGAACAAUAUCCUAACAUGGGCUUGAAAAUAAGUAAAACUCACUUCUAACCUGGGCCAUUUGAAUGGCCCACCCCCUCCAACUCUAGCCAAGCACCUCCAAAGGUAGGGGUGUUUGUGGCAAAAACUAGGGCAUGGUAUGUUCUAGUCCUAACGCUAGCCCAACAUGUGGUUAAUAACUCAUGACCUUUUGUGACCCACAUGUGCUCUUUAAUCAAUUCACCAACCUCACCUAACACACUCAUGUUAUAUUGGUGUGACUCCCACAUCUUUCCUUAGGCAAAGGGAAGAUAUUUCCAACUAAACCCAUUUCUUAUUAGUUUUUGUACACACUCAUGAUGGCUAAGCUUUGGGAGUUUUAGCCUUGAUUAAUACACAUAUAAAAGGAGAGCAAAUGUUUGUUUUUAGCACUUUAGCUCUCUCUCUCUCUCUCUCUCUCUCUCUCUCUCUCUCUCUCUAACAUUAGAACUCCAUGAUGGUUUUGGAGUUCUAUCCAUCCAUAGGAAAAUUUUCUUUCAUUCCCUCCUUAAGCUUCCCCUCCUUUAUCCUAGUGAUAUCCAAUCAAACCAUGGAGGUGAGCCUAGGGAGAUGUUUUUUGGACUCUUUGGUUCACUUCCUCUAACAUUUCUUCAAACCAUGGUUAGGAGUAAGGUCAUCUUUCUGCUCACACCCACAUCGCCUCUCUCUCUCUCUCUCUCUCUCUCUCUCUCUCUCUCUCUCUCUCAAUCAGGACUUUGACAUUUAUUAUUAUAGUGUUUGGAUUGUAAUAAGUAGGAUUAAUUAAUUGGAGACAAACUGAUUUUAUUCUCCACUCAUGAUGAUGUUAUAUGACAAAAACUUAUCACAAUGAUGUUAUUUGACAAUGCCUU